GGCUCGUCUCGAGCCUCAGAGUUGAGCCUGAAUGAAAGUGGCGCGGCGUCUCUGACGUUAACUCGCUUUGGAGCCGGUGGCGUCCGGGUCUCGGCUGGUGUGCGAGGGCUUGGCUCGUUCGUGGCCCGAGGCCACGAGUUGGGGGCCGCCGAGGGAGGCUGCGCGGGGCGGAGACAUGGCUCACAACAAGAUCCCGCCGCGGUGGCUAAACUGUCCUCGGCGCGGGCAGCCGGUGGCAGGAAGAUUCUUGCCUCUGAAGACAAUGCUGGGACCAAGAUAUGAUAGUCAGGUUGCUGAGGAAAAUCGCUUCCAUCCCAGUAUGCUCUCAAACUAUCUGAAGAGUCUAAAGGUUAAAAUGAGCUUGUUGGUGGAUUUGACAAAUACUUCAAGGUUCUAUGACAGAAAUGACAUUGAAAAAGAAGGUAUCAAAUAUAUCAAACUUCAGUGUAAAGGACAUGGGGAAUGUCCUACAACUGAGAAUACCGACACCUUCAUUCGUCUGUGUGAACGGUUUAAUGAUAGAAACCCACCUGAACUUAUUGGUGUUCAUUGUACCCAUGGUUUCAAUCGCACUGGUUUCCUCAUAUGUGCCUUUUUGGUGGAGAAAAUGGAUUGGAGUAUUGAAGCAGCAGUUGCUACUUUUGCCCAAGCCAGACCUCCAGGGAUCUAUAAGGGUGAUUACUUAAAGGAAUUAUUUCGUCGCUAUGGUGAUAUAGAGGAAGCACCACCACCACCUCUAUUGCCAGAUUGGUGUUUUGAAGAUGAUGAAGAAGAAGAUGAAGAUGAAGAUGGAAAGAAAGAAUCAGAACCUGGGUCAAGUGCUUCUUUUGGCAAAAGGAGAAAAGAAAGGUUAAAACUGGGUGCUAUUUUUUUGGAAGGUAUAACUGUUAAAGGUGUAACUCAAGUAACCACUCAACCUAAGUUAGGAGAGGUACAGCAGAAGUGUCAUCAGUUCUGCAGCUGGGAAGGGUCUGGAUUCCCUGGAGCACAGCCUGUUUCCAUGGACAAGCAAAACAUUAAACUUUUAGAACAGAAGCCCUAUAAAGUGAGCUGGAAAGCAGAUGGUACUCGUUACAUGAUGUUGAUUGAUGGCACAAAUGAAGUUUUUAUGAUUGAUAGAGACAAUUCAGUGUUUCAUGUUUCAAAUCUGGAAUUUCCAUUUCGUAAAGAUCUCCGCAUGCAUUUGUCAAAUACUCUUUUGGAUGGGGAAAUGAUAAUUGACAGAGUAAAUGGACAGACUGUUCCUAGAUAUUUGAUAUAUGACAUAAUUAAAUUCAAUGCCCAGCCAGUUGGAGAUUGUGAUUUUAAUGUUCGCCUACAGUGUAUAGAACGGGAAAUUAUAAAUCCUCGACAUGAAAAAAUGAAGACUGGGCUCAUCGAUAAAACACAGGAACCAUUUAGUGUGAGAAAUAAGCCAUUUUUUGACAUCUGUAUUUCAAGAAAGCUACUGGAAGGAAAUUUUGCCAAAGAAGUCAGUCAUGAAAUGGAUGGACUUAUUUUUCAGCCUACUGGAAAAUACAAACCUGGUCGAUGUGAUGACAUUUUGAAAUGGAAGCCCCCCAGUCUCAAUUCUGUGGAUUUUCGCCUAAAGAUAACAAGAAUGGGAGGAGAAGGGUUACUUCCUCAGAAUGUUGGCCUUCUCUAUGUUGGAGGUUAUGAAAGACCAUUUGCUCAAAUCAAGGUGACAAAAGAGCUCAAACAAUAUGACAACAAAAUUAUAGAAUGCAAAUUUGAGAACAACAGCUGGGUCUUUAUGAGACAGAGAACAGACAAAAGUUUUCCUAAUGCCUACAACACAGCCAUGGCUGUGUGCAACAGCAUUUCAAACCCUGUCACCAAGGAGAUGCUGUUUGAGUUUAUUGACAGAUGUGCCGCUGCUUCCCAAGGACAGAAGCGAAAGCAUCACCUGGACCCUGACACAGAGCUCAUGCCACCGCCGCCCCCCAAAAGGCCGUGCCCCUCAACCUAAGCCUUGCCUCUGACUCAGUCUCACAAGGAAAGAUAAGUGAGGAAAUGCUGUCACCCCCCCCCCCUUUUUUUUUUACAGCCAGAGAAAUUGAAAGACAAGUGUGACCUGAUGCUGAUAGACGUUUGAAUUUUGUUUUAAAGGAAGGUGCUGUGGCCAGCCUGUGUACAUUUGCUGCAUUUGUUCCCUCAGUGCUACAGUACAUCAUGGACUUAAACACUUAGUUACAUCUGAUCAACUCAGCCUUACUUUGUGGAAUCUGAAGCUUGAAAUAUCCAAAGUUUUAAAUGAGAUUGAAAUCAAUGAAAGAGAGGCCUUGUUUACAGAUGGAUAGCCUUUACCUUUAAUUUAUAAAGUUAAAAAUCUGGAACUGUGAGCACAUAAAACAUUGUACUUUCAGAAGUUGGAUUUCAAAUUUGGCAGACUGUCAAAAUUUGAGAAUUUUGUCAAUGGUAUUAGAAGUUCCUGCUAUCAGUUAUCAUGAUUUUUCUUACACUUCUGAUAUUCCUGUAUUCAAAACCAGUGACAAGGUUAUAAAGUAUUGUGUGAAUUUAAACACAGUGCUUGGCCUGGUUUUUAUCAUUUUAAGAAUUUGUUUUCAAAUGUAAAAGUAAAAAGAGAGUAAAGCUUCAUUUUUGUGAGUUGCAUAGUUUCUUUUAAGAAGUACAUUAUGUGUCGAAUGUUUGGCCUGUAGCAUCAGAUGUCCAGUGGGUCCACUUUGGUGAAGGUUUUGAGUUACAUUACGGAACUUGAGUCUACAUCACCAUGUUACCAUGUGUUCUCCUGUAGACUUGCCUUCUUUCAAGUGCUAGGGUUACCUCUGAUUUACCUCGUUGGUGUCAGCACAUGGUAAUUAGAUUAAAAUACACAACUCACCGUGGUGUGUGAGAGAGAUACCAGAUACAAACAAUGUCCCAUUAGUUUCAUUGGACAAAACAGCAGAGGAAAUGCUAGGGACUCCUUUGAUUCGAAGAUAAUGUCAGAGGACUAGAAUGUGGUCACUAGAACAUGCUCUUGCGCUGCCAGAUAAACGCAGAGGCAAAGGCAGAGACAUUUGUAGGAGCAAAACAUCAAGGAAAUCAAGACAUUUACUUUCAAAGCCAGAAUUCUAUCUAUAUACUAUUUUAGGGAUGUUAUUUCAGUAAUACAUCUGAAUUUCAACAUGUUCGCUGAUAGAUAAUGGGUAUAAAGGGCAGCUAAUUGGCCAUCUGCCAUUAUUAAGAAACUAUGUCCUGAUUGGUUUGUGAAGGAACAGAAUUAGCUAACUAAAGGCUAAUGUAUUUAUUUUUAGAGGUACAGGUUUUAAGUAUAUGUAUUUAAAACAAAUUUUCAUGAUCUGAAUUUUAUAUAUGUAUAUGCAUAUAUCUGUAAGUAUAUGCAACAGUGUAUAUUCUUCUACUGCUUCAGCCAGACAUGAAAACCCACAUGAGUUACCUAGAAGACUGAAAACCUGACAGGAUUUCUAUGUCAUAGCACAGAUAAACCAAAAAUGUAUUUAUAUGCACCUGAGUUUUAAUGUUUUUAAACAAAGUUUUCUCCUGCAGUACUUUUCUAUAAGAAAUACUAGAAUUGUGCUUGGGCUUUUUUUUCUUUUUCUUUUUGGUUUGUUGGUCCCAAGUUAUGUAAUGUAUAAUGAAUCUAUCCAAAAUGCUAUUUUAAUGGUUUUUUUUCCUAGAGUGCUUUUGUACAUUUGGGAAUUAAAAGAGGUCAGACACCUGACUGCCACACUAACAGUUGAAAGGGGAAAUUCCCAAGGUUCCAUCUGUCUUUUUACAAAGUGAAUCUAAAAAAUGAAAAUGCCUAUGCAACUCCAAAUAGUCCCCAUGCAAGCUCAGCUACUCUUCUGUUGGUGUAUUCUUGCUUCCAAGCCUGAGCAAAGGCAGAGCCCUUUUGCAGAUACACAAGGGAGCUCUGCCAGUGAUCUCUUAAUAGAGUUAGAAUGUUUAUGGUAAUCGUAACCUUUGAAAUGAGUUAUGUGGAAAGAGCAUCUCAGUUUUAAUACACCCAGGUAUUGUCUCCUGUCCUUUCUCAUUUUAGCAGGACUUAAUGUUCUUAAGUUAUCCUUUCUUUCUGUUCCAGUGAAAUGUAAUCGGUGGUGUUAGAAGUAGAUCUCAGCCCCCAACACAUUGCCAUCUGCAGUAUCGUAGCAAGUCGUGUGGACAGUCGGGUGAUUGGGGGAGGGGGCAGAGGAGGCAGAGAGGCAGGACUUGGACAUCAUAAAGAAAACCCUUCCCUCCACUCACCACACGAUGGCUGUUUCUAAGACUAUAAAGCUUUUUUUUUUUUUUUUUUAAUAAAAAUAAGAAAACUUUGCUCUCCUGAGUUAUAUGUAAAAAGCUUUUGCUUUUUGUUUAGAAAGAGUGUGGAUGACUCCUGCCUGGAUGGUUAGUUACAUUUGCUUUCUGUGAAAUGCUCAGAAAUGUCAGAACAUUCCUUCUAAUUGUGUGUCAGUGUGCAUUGUAAUAAAACUGCUGGUUUAAAAUA